ACUGGCCAACCCAUCAUGGUCCAGGCUGUUCCUGGUGGACAAGGUCAAACCAUCAUGCAAGUACCUGUAUCUGGGACACAGGGUUUGCAGCAGAUACAGUUGGUCCCACCCGGACGGAUCCAGAUCCAGGGUGAGCAGUCUAUGCAGGUGCAGGGCCAGCAGGGCCAGACCCAGCAGAUCAUCAUCCAGCAGCCCCAGACAGCUGUCACCGCUGGCCAGAUGCAGACGCAGCAGCAGAUUGCUGUCCAGGGGCAGCAAAUGGCACACACUGCCAAAGGGCAGACCAUCGUCCGUCAGCCAGUUAAUACACAUGGCGCCAUGCUCCAGCAAGGCACGAUCACCAGCCCUGUAGCCAGUUUGGCAGGAACACAGAUUGUUCAGGCCGGAGCCAAUACCAACACAACCAGCGGUGGGCAAGCGACUGUCACUGUGACACUACCAGUGGCAGGCAAUGUGGUCAAUUCAGGAGUGAUGGUCAUGAUGGUACCUGGUGCUGGCUCUGUGCCUGCUAUCCAGAGCAUCCCUCUCCCUGGGGCAGAGAUGCUUGAAGAAGAGCCUCUCUAUGUGAAUGCCAAACAGUACCACCAUAUACUUAAGAGGGGGCAAGCCCGGGCUAAAUUAGAGGCAGAAGGGAAAAUUCCAAGGGAAAGAAGGAAAUACCUGCAUGAGUCUCGGCACCAUCACGCCAUGGCACGGAAGCGUGGUGAAGGUGGAUGA